AUGUCAGACGGAAUAUUUGUCUCUAUUAUGUUGCCUGCUUUUAUAGUGAAACAUGAGAAUUAAAUAGUAAAUUUACCUUAUUUUAAUUAAGGAUCAACUUUUAAAACAAACACUUUGUAUCUCCUCUUAAUCAUAUGAAAUAUUUGAAAUUCCAUCAAAGUUUGGUAAAGAGUUUGGAGUUAAAUUAACACAAAAUUGUAACAGUUAUUAAAAAAUUAAUUAGCAUUAAAUCUUCGAGAUAUAGAAGAAUUGAUAGAGGAAAAUAGAUAGCUCCAUGCAUCAUAUUAAAAAUGUAAAGAAUCCUUAUAAACUCUAAAUUGUGAAUUUGAAAAAAUUGUAAAUGAUCCUCUUAUUCAAUCUGAAUCAGAUAAAAUGAAAUAUCAAACAAAAAAGUUGAAAAAAGUAAAAGAAGAAAAUAAAAGACUUCGAUAACUUUUAAAGUGCAAAAUUUAUGAUUAUUUUUAGAUCCUAUCUUGAUAAUAGUGAUAAUAGAAGAAUGGAAACACAUGCCAAAGUAGAGUUACUUAAAGAUGAACUUAAUUCAUUAGUAAAAGUAAAAUUUACUAUCGAUAUCAUAAGGAAUUUGCAUAGCAAGAACAACAAAAGAAAUAAAAUGAUAUUUUAAUAUCAAAUUGA